AUGAGCAAGUCGUCGUGGCCGGAGCUGGUGGGCAUCCUGGCGACGCUGGCGGCGGCGCAGAUCGCGCACGACCGGCCCGACGUCGCCGUCGAGGUGCUCCCGACCGGUGCGGCGGUGACUCACGACUACGACUUCGAGCGUGUCCGCGUCUUCAUCGACCUCGGCGGCGUCGUCUCCAAGACCCCCGUCAUCGGCUAG